GUAAGCUAACGCGUCGCAAGCGAAAACAUAUAUAUGGACACAGGUUUCAACAUAAAUUAUUCUUUGAAACAUUGCAAGGUGCAUUGCGCAAUCAAUAAUGAGCUGCAGUAUCUUCAUACUGGCGAUACUUCUGGUUGCCGCGGGAACAAUUCAAGCGAUCCGUCGAGAUUAUCCACAUUGUGACGACGAAUGCAAGGAGUACAAGGACAGUACAGAUGCUAAUUGCGGGAAAGAGUCCGGCACACUUCAUUGCAUUGGAUUGUCAAAUGCUUAUUAUGAUUGUUACUACGGAUGUGUGAACAAAGCGUUGGAGAGUAAAAGAGAGGAGUUACAGAAGGCACAACAAAGGAAGAAUGCGACUAACCACGUGUGA